UCCUCCUGGGCUUCAGGGACCUUUGUCCCCCAUUGUUCAAUUGUAGCCACGCCCCAGCUUGAGAAUAUUUUAUUGAAAAAACAGGAUAGAAAUCAUGCUUCUAGACAAAGACCUUUAGCUACACUAAAUAUGUCUGUGUUGGAUGUCUGCCUGCCUUACACUUAAAACAUCUCUUCAUUUAUGAAUAUCUUCCCACCAAAACACUAAACACACUUAAAAAAAAAAAGUUUGUAGAACUCCAGAUUUAAAAAAAAAUCUUUGUCAGGCUGAACUGCAAAACUAGGAAACACUUCAUAAAAUGGCAGCCUGUCAAUCAAAUGCAGAAAAGAAGCAAGAGGUUGCUGAAAGGAGAAAUAAAUGUAAGAGCAGCAUUGAACCUAGGUUGCGAAGGGCCUGCAGCUGCUGCAGGGAGCUGUUUCAAGCCUCCCCCUCAUGUGACUCCAUCACUGGCAAGCCCCCCAGAUGGAGGUUCUGGCAGAGGAGGAACCGGAUUGAGCCCACUCUGGCUCCUCCUCCAACUGUGGCUCCUCCGCCAACUCCGGUUCCUCCGCCAACUCCACAAGGGGGCUCCCAGGCAUCUUCGGGAGUCACCAUCGAAUUGAGCCCUGCAGCAGAGAAGAUAAGAGAACGAGAUCAGGUCAUCCUCUGGUGGACAACCUUGCUGAAUUCCAUUGUGGAGAGAGUGCAUGACGCUGAGUCCUGGUGGGAGUAUCCAGUGGAAUUCGACAAGGAGAUAAUGGAGGAUGUUACAGCGCAUCCGGACCCUGGCUCCUUCUUCAGGAAAACCCUGGACACCGUCACGGAGCUGAGACUCCUGCUGCUUCUGCUCCUGGGAUCCUUGAAAUGGUUUGACUGCCUGCAGAGGUUCUUCCUUACAUUUCUGAGAUAUAACGUGCAAGCUCUUCUUCCGGGAUCAUUGUGA